AGGGAUGAGAUGGGGAAGGAGACGCGAGUGGGGAAGAAGGGGGAAGAGCAGUCAGCAUCAGCAAACAGAGGCUAACGGAGUUAGUUGCGUCAGCCUCGCUGGGUUGUGAUGUUGGGGAUACAGUGGCCGCCCCAUCGGCACCGUCAGAAGUAGCUGGAGGAGGAGCAUCCGGUUGAAACGGUCGUUUGUGUGCUAACUUGCUCUAAGUGCGAUCGACGGCGAGAGAGGAAAUUGCGGAGGUGUCUUCUAACGUCACUCACGAGUGAUGCAUAGGGAAUAUGGUCACGGCUACUGACUGCCUUUAGCCUCCUUCACCACCACCACCAUCCCCCCUCCCCGGCCUAUCUCUCUCUCUCUCUCUCUCCGACGGCAGUAACAUUUGUAAAGAAGGUCCCAUUCAUUGUCGCAACAGUGCGGGAAUUGAUAUGCGAGUGUUUGAUUUUGAUGUGAAAGAAAAUGGUUCGUCGUCGUCAUAUUUCCGAACCUUUUGUUGAAAGACCACGAAAGGAAGUUCGAGAGCCUCAGUGAAAGAAAUAGAUAACGAGAGGCAAAUGUUUCGUGAAAAAUUCGAAUUGCGUGAUUUGGUGUCUCAACUUCGGUUUGCGAUGGUUGGACAAGUUGGUGAUCUAAUAACCAUUUAAUUGUUAAACUUAUUCAUUGCGAUGAUGGGGGGGCAUCAAGAUAGUGGUGGUGGUGGUGGUGGUGGUGGUGGGAGGGGUGAGUUGGUGCCUUGGUGGUCCCCGAGUGUGGUGCUAGCCCCAGAUCCUGGCCAUCGUCCUAGCCACCAUGCCCGAGACUUAGUAAGAGAGAGCAGUGACAGUGCGCAGCGGAGCAAGAGAGAACGAACAGAGUUACGUCGUCGUCGUACUCGCAAAGAUCGCAAACGACGUCCUAUGCAACAACAGCAACAGCAACAGCAGCACCACCACCACCACCACCAGGCCAAUUCCUUCACGGAAGCACCGCCUGAGGCAGGAUGGCUGCAGCAGUGCUUGCGUAAAUGUUUCAAAUCCCUCUGGUUGAUGACUGUCAGUGUGAGUUUUGCCCUGUUGAGUGGCAUACUGAGUGCCCUUUGGAGGAGUGUAGGUGGCGGAAUUGUGGGUGAGAGAGAAAAAGAAGAGCAACAGGAAGUGAAUGAAGUGGAAGUGGAGGUGGAGGUAGAGUUGGUGGAGGAGGAGGAGGAAGAGGAGGAGGAGGAGAAAGAUGGUAGGGCAGUCCUCGAAUGUUCCACCCACCAUGACAACAAGACACAUGACUCAGAUUCUGGUGAGUCUUUGAGUGUGGUCGACACUCGAGACGCGAACGGUUCUCCCACCCUCCCCUGCGGCACCCCUGUCACGCCACUUUUACUACCUCCUCCCCCUCCACCUCCCCCGCCACUUAACAACUCGAAUAACUUCCCUCCCCCUCCAGCGCAAGCCGCACUUCCACUUGAGCCUUGUUCAUCUUUGCAACGCAUCUCGACGUUGUGCUCGCCCCGUCCCCUUCAGAGCGGUGGAGGUGAAAGUGUACAUGAUCGUCAAGGGUCGGGUGUGGCGCGGAGAGUGUCACGGGCCUCCAUGAUUCAUCCCAAACGCGAGACUGACCCAACAUCACUGGCAAUUGCAGGUCAAUCGAGAAGCAGUGGAGAUCAUCACGAGCAAUCUAUUCCAAGUCCAUUGCUCGACGAUGGCUCCGAAGGGGGAGGAGCGGGAGAGAAGAGGGAGGAGGUGAGAUCGACAGAGGAAUCGACUGAAAGCCUUAAGCAUGAUCAUUAUCGUGGUCUCGAAAGCGGUAACCCAAACAAAGCUGUUUUGGAAGCCGUACGAGGAUUUACUUCGGCACAGGAAGAUAUGAUGCGUGCCAUUCAGGAAGCUAAGGAAACAACUCACGCCCUUGCGGGAGACCACCGCCGUGACAGUCUGUCCUCCGUUACUAGUGUUUCCUCCUUAGUGUCUACGGGAUCCCUCGAUGCAUCUCUUGUCUCCAGUCCAGAGUGCGAGUCUAGUGUCGGUUCGACAUCGCCGAGCGCUCUUGCUGAUGCUUGUAGUACGUUGCCAGCGACGUCAUCUUCAGUUGUUGGUGAUGCUACCCAUCAACGACGAAAGGAUUACGACCAAUCCCUCGAGGACAACAUAGAGGCUUCAUUAGCCCACCUUGAUCAACAAGACGCUUCAGACACUGACACCGAAGUGGAGGACGUCACGAAAGAUCAGCCGUUAUGCAAGAGUAAUGGUUCCUCGGCGAGGAAUAGUAUGAUGUUGGAGCUUGUUGGUGGGAGCCUUUCUUCGCCAGACGAUGCUUUUUCGAAGAAACCGAAAGCACCAGGAACCGACGAAGUCGUUGAAUCUCUCGACCAAAAAAUGGUUGAGAAAGUUAACUCGUUACGUGAACCAGAAAUCCAGUUGCAAAACGAACAGGUGAACAGAAUCAUCAUCGACUCGCCUCGGUGCUCAUUCAUUGGGGGUGAUAAUCCUUCGUAUUCCAUUUCUUCUUUAUCUUUUUCACAGGCGUUGAAUGAAUCGAAGGAAAACAACGUUUGCAAUGACUCAGUCGAUGGUGACUUUAAUUCUGUGAAAGAUUUUGACGAAUGUAAUGCUUUGGGAGAUCGAAAGCAACAUGAUAAUUUAUUUCUGCUUGAUAUGAACGUAGAUAGUGUCGUAAAAAGUAACUGUGAGAAUAAAAGGAAAUUUGAGUUUAAUGAGGAAGUCUUUCAUGAAGAUUGUGAUGUUUUCGACUAUCAAUGUUUGCCUCAGGAGGUUCCAUACAAGAUCCAAGGGACUCCAGAUGUUGCAGUUAAAUGCAAGAGGUCAAUUGGGAAGGAACUGGAUGCAGAGGAGGAGCAAGAGCAGGAGAUCAAGUGCUCACACUCAGAUAUCUGUUCCCCACCACUCUUGCAACUAACAUCUGCAACGACUGGUGCUACAGAGUCGACUUCUUAUGCCUUUGGUGUUGGAAGUGGUGGUGGCACUAGUGCCAGUAAGAGUCAAGGCACUGAAGGGAUAUUAAUGACGAUGAAAGCCGAUGGGCAGAAAGGAAGAGCGGAACCCAGAGAAGGAGACCUUUCAAGUAUGAGGACUCAACACCAUGACUUGACUCUGUGCAUAAACAGUGAUUGUAUUGGAUUGACCCCUCCUCCCACUCCCAGCCUCCUCCCACCUCCGCCUCCCACGCCCACUCUGCCGCCACCGCCGUUAGGUUUCCUUUUCAGUUAUGGCGAUGACCCUUAUCGUCAAGAGUGCGCAAAUGAGAAUGAGGGUUGGCCCUCUGAGAAUGCCUUGGCAACGUCGCCAAGCAUGCCCAGUAUUCCUACGUUUGAUAUCACGAGUCUGAAGAACGAGAUCAGUGCAAUCAAAGCGGAAAUUCUGACCCGCAAAGGAAAGCAGGCGCACCUCAAGGAGGAUUCCGAAGAACGGUGCAUCGUCUCUUCUUGCGAAGACAUCAGCAAUUUACGAGAUGAGAUUUUAUCUCUGAAGGAGGAUUUUUAUUCCCUACUCAGCGAAAAUAAAUCUGUGGAGAUCACUAAAGAUCACAAAAAACAUCCGAAAAAAUCUGCUCGUGCCCAUCAACAUCAUCAUCAUCAUCAUCAUCAUCAGAAUUAUAAUAAAAUACCUUCUCUAAGGCAUCAGCUCAAGUCGGUCAGUAUCGACAACGUCGAUGAUAUCAAAAAGUGUCGAUUUCAAGAUGCCGAGCUUCCUUCCUUUCUGAGGAAGGAGAGCGGUAAAAGCAACAAAUCUGCGAGUAAAUCAUCAGUGAAUGUAUUUACGAGUGUCGUAGAAGUUCCUUGUGAGCCCCGAGAAACGAGUAGUGCCAGUAACAGCAGACCUUCCAGCUACUACAGUGCUUGCCGUAGUAGUGAUUCGUUUGAAUCGGCAGCAGGAAGUGAGCUGCUUUUCCAACUCAAAGGGGACCAAGUCGUCGAAGAAGAGAAAAUUGAGAAACCUUUUGAGUUUGAUUCAGGAAGCAGAAGUGACAAUUUAUUGAGUGCUACUGUAGCAUUAGCGGAGGCAAGGGGACAGGCGGCGGAAAAAGCGCCCUUGAGUAUAAGUGAUAGCGAAAGUGUUCGUGAAUGUGGUCAAAUUAAUGCGGGGAGCGUUAGCAGUGUUUGUGAAGGAGUCAAGAGUAAAGAGAAGAUUGAUAGUGGUAGUGAUAGUGAGAGUGGGGGGGAGGAGGAGGAGGAGGAGGAGAACGAAUUGCAUAAAAAUAUCGAAGAAAUUGGAUGUAUUGAUUGUACCGUCAUUGAACGACCCACCAGCGUCGAAAGGAUUCUGUAUGGUUUUGAACCCUCGCCUUAUAAAUUGAGAAGUGGCUAUUCAGCAACAGGACCAACGGCUUUACGUGACUUCCGAACCACGUCGAGAGUGAACUUCUAUCACCAGAAAUACACAUCUCUCACUCCUCAAUGGAAUGGUCGGGAAUCAAACCCGCGACCACCGAGAACGGAUAUGCGGGAGCGAGAUUUGGAAGAGGAAGAACGAGAGGAGAUCUUGGGCUCUGAUGAUGAAGAGCAAGAAGACCCAUUUGACUAUUGUAAAGGAGGAUAUCAUCCCGUGAAAAUAGGCGACCUCUUCUACAACAGAUACCAUGUGAUACGUAAAUUAGGUUGGGGGCAUUUUUCUACUGUAUGGCUAUGUUGGGACCUACAAGCAAAACGAUUUGUUGCGCUCAAGGUAGUGAAGAGUGCAUCACAUUAUACAGAAACUGCAUUAGAUGAAAUUAAGUUACUAAAAUGUGUAAGAGAAAGUGAUGAAAAUGAUCCUAAACGGGACAAAACAGUCCAGCUUUUAGAUGACUUUAAAAUCAGUGGUGUAAAUGGGACUCACGUAUGUAUGGUAUUUGAGGUGCUUGGGCACAACCUUCUGAAGUUUAUCAUUCGAUCCAAUUACCAGGGCAUCCCUCUUGGCAAUGUCAAGAGAAUCAUCCGACAGGUGCUUGAAGCCUUGGAUUACUUACAUGCCAAGUGUAAGAUUAUCCACACUGACAUCAAGCCUGAAAACAUCUUGAUGUGUGUGGAUGAGUCAUAUAUCAGAAAAUUAGCAUAUGAAGCCACACAGUGGCAGAAAAUGGGGCUAAAACUUCCUGGUUCUCUAGUAAGUACAGCUCCAAAGCAUUACUCUCAGCCUGAUCCAAAUGCAAAAAUGUCUAAAAAUAAGAAGAAAAAGUUGAAGAAAAAACAGAAAGCUAAACAAGCACUUUUAGAGAAUCAAAUGAAGGAGUUGGAAGCACUAGAAGAAAAAGAAGCACGACAGGCCUUGGAAGCAUGUGACCUUGUGACACCAAAUGCCUCAGUUCUCAGCAAUGAGUCUAGCAUUGAAGAGAGCAGUAACAUGGAGUCCCAAACCAAUGAACAGCAGUUGGACAAAGUAGCUGAAGGUUUAGAGGAAGUAGCGUUACAAUUACAAAGUCAACAACCACAGCAGCAGCAGCAGCAGCAGCAGCAGCUAAUAAACUCAAACCAGAUACAAGAAUUAGAGCCUCAAAACCACCCUCUCUCUCAGAGUCAUCCCCCUCAGCUUCAUACUUCACUUGCAUCUCAGCCACAGCUCAUCACACCUAACCUUACCCUAGAAGAAGAAGCUCAGCAAAAACUUGUGGACAAGGAAGUUCAGGGCCUUCAAGGGAAAAUGAGAUCCUCAAAAAUCUUGAAAGAACACCGCAAGAGUUUAGCAGAGAUGUGUGAAGGUGAUGUUCGGCCAGGUGGGGCUGUAGGUCUCUCUUUAGAUCCACUAAUGAAUGGUCACGACAGCCCCCGCCCCACUCUUGGACGCUCUGAGUCAGAAAUUACUCCUGACAUGCGGCUACCCCCUGAAGAUGAAGAGGGUGAUGAUGGUGGUGCCAACAUUAGCAACAUGAGUGGUGCAAGCAACAGCAGCAGUGCUGGGGGUAUGCGUAGGGUUGCAUCAUGCCCAGAUCAUAAGGCAAUUGAUCGGAAUCCAGAUCCUGUCACAGAAGUCUGUGACAUGAAGGUCAAGAUAGCUGAUUUAGGAAAUGCAUGUUGGGUAGAUCAUCAUUUCACUGAAGAUAUACAAACUCGACAAUAUAGGUGUCUGGAAGUACUUUUGGGAGCUGGUUACGGUGCACCAGCUGACAUUUGGAGUACUGCAUGCAUGGCAUUUGAACUGGCAACAGGGGACUAUUUGUUUGAGCCACACAGUGGAGCAGACUACACACGUGAUGAAGAUCAUCUUGCCCACAUCAUUGAACUGUUAGGGAAAAUUCCACGCCAUAUAGCUCAGUCUGGCAAAUACUCAAAGGAGUUUUUUGAUAAGAAAGGUGACUUGAAGCAUAUCACCAAGCUCCGUCCAUGGGGCAUGUUUGAGGUGCUGACUGAGAAAUAUGAGUGGCCUGAAGAGGAGGCUCGUGCUUUCAGUGACUUCUUAAUUCCUAUGCUGGCAUUUGACACAUCAGAACGAGCAACUGCGAGUGAAUGUCUUAAACACCCGUGGCUCAACUCAUGAAUAUAUGUCAAGCGGAAAACCAUACCCUUUGGCUUCUCCCUGGUAGAAAGUUAUUUUAUCUGUUCGGGUAGUUAAUCUGAGCAGGGUAAUAAAAUAUAUAUAUAUAUAUAUAUAUAUAUAUGUAUAUAUAUAUAUAUAUA